AUGGAAUGGCGUUAUAAGGGUAAAAAGCCCCCUAGAAAGGCAAAGGUGCAACAAUCGACUAAAAAACUGAUGUGCACAAUAUUUUGGGAUUUUCAAGGCAUUUUGAUGGUGGAUUUUAAAGAACGUAAUACAAUCGUGAACGGCGAAUAUUAUGCUUCUUUAAUAUAUAAAUUACGAGACAAGAUAAAGGAAAAACGAAGAGGCAAGCUGUCUAAAGGUGUCCUGUUGCUCCAUGACAAUGCCCCUGUUCAUACCGCUGGUGUUUCGAAGGAUGCAGUUCGUCAAUGCGGGUUCACAGAAGUUCAACAUCCACCUUACAGUCCAGACAUGGCCCCGUCCGACUAUUAUUUAUUUCCAAAUUUAAAGCGGGACUAG